UUGUCUUCUUUAAUUUUUAAAACAAAAAAGAUCUUCACAAAUACUCACUUAAGUCAUCAACAAGUUACUGUCCUUUGACAAAGCUUCAAAAAGAAUGUCUGGUCACAAAGUAUCAACAGCAGAAGCUAGGAAGAGCAAGAACGAGGGUCGAAAAAGAUUUACUGACAAACAAAUAAGCUUCCUCGAGUAUAUGUAUGAGACACAAUCGAGACCAGAAUUAAGGAUGAAACACCAGUUAGCAAACAAACUCGGGCUUCAUCCUCGUCAGGUGGCUAUAUGGUUCCAGAACAAACGAGCACGAUCAAAGUCGAGGCAAAUUGAGCAAGAGUACAACACCCUCAAGCAUAACUAUGAGAUGUUGGCAUCCAAAUCUGAGUCUCUGAAAAAAGAAAAUCAGGCCUUGCUUAACCAGUUGGAGAUGCUAAGAAAUGUAGUAGAAAAAGAAAACACUACUGGAAGCAGCAGUGGUGAAGAAUCUUAUGAUCGAGUAACUAACUCUCCAACAAAAAGCGACGCAAAUGUUACGUUAGAAAACUAUAGCCAAGAAAUUAAUGUUCCAUUUUACGACAGUGUUGCCUAUUUUGAGGGAGGAAAUGAGUUUUUAGACAUUGAGGAACAACUAUGCAACGUCAAUGACUGGGAAGAGACUACCCACAGCUUCGGGCCAGACCUGCAGAAGUGGUGGGACUUCUAAAGCGGUUUUACGAGAGAUUGUAGGUUAAUGAAGAAUCGAGAAGGCAUAAAAUAGAGUUUGUUUCCUUAGUAAACAUAGAUGUUAGAUUACACAUGUAUAUAAACAUCACAUAAAUGAAAGCACCUUUCAUGUUA